AUGGGCUCCAACGAUAUUGAAGAAGCCGAAAGUAGACCAGAAACUUCUGGAUGGUUGUUGAAAAAGAAGCGUAAAAAGAUGCAAGGUUGGGCUAAACGUUGGUUCGAGGUACAGGAUGGUGUGAUGUCUUAUUAUCAACGACCACAAGCUCCUUGUAGGGGCACAAUUCACAUUGAAUUAUCUGCGGUAUCGUCAAACCGACAAUUUCGCUCAAUAAAUAUGGACUCUGGAACGGCUACUUAUCAAUUGAAGGCCUUAACAGAUGAUGCAUUCGAUAAUUGGAUGACAGUUAUCAGAAAAUAUGUUAAACAAUCAAAAGAGCGUCAAUUAAUUGAUCCUGAUUAUCCAAAGACUUUGACAUCUCCUCGCCAAUCCGUGGACUUAAGCAAACGGCAAAAACGACAAAGUAUUUUUGAAAGACGGCAAAGUCUUUACAGAGGGGAUGCACAAAGUCUAUUUAGAAGAAGUCGAGUGGAUAACGAGGAAGAUGUCAUGAAAAUCUAUGAAGUAUUUAAUAACAUGGAUCAAAAUUUUCAAAGCAUAAAAGAACUAUUAGAAAUUCUCAAAAAUGCCACUGAACCUCCUUUCUCUCCUAAUCCGCAAACACGCUUACCGAACCACAAUGACGGAAAAUUUCGAUUAAAGAAGUUUCCCAUUCCCAUUUCGUUACAAAGAGCUGCAACAUUACCAGCUGAAAUUAGUUCAUCAAAUCAUUCUAAUAUAUCUACCGAGCAAAUAUACGAAAAACUAUAUGCGUUCUUUUCUGAUUUGAAAACUGAAAAAGAGCAAGUGUUGGAAUUAUUUAAAGCUGAGGCGGAGAAAUGGAAAAAGUUGGAUAUUGCAUAUCGUGUUACGCUCUCAGAGCAGGAAACUCGUCGUAAAGAGUCAUCAUCUGAUUCCAAUAUAAUUUCGGAUGAAAAGAGAAAAUCUGUGUUUAUUCAGGAUAAUGGAAUUAUUGAGAACUCGAAUCAUGCUGAAGUCAAGGAACAAAUUAAUGAACGUGAACGUGCACAAUCAUUAUCUUCAUUGACUGCUCAAGAUGUAUUUUUUGAUGCUGAAGAUAUUGUAUUAAGCGCUGACUCAUUCAAUGGAUGUAGUGAUGUUGAUACUUUUGAAGUAACAGAUGAGGAAAGCGAAGAUGAUGUCAUAUCAACUAAUGAUCACGAUGAGGAAGUUGUAAUUACUACCGACGAGGACCAUGCACUUACUAGAACAAUUAGUUUUCGUAGAAGAAAACACUUGCCUUCUCCUAUAUGUGGUGAUGAUGUUAGUCUUUUAUCUCUUCUUCGUAAAAAUGUCGGAAAAGAUCUAGCAACCAUCACAAUGCCUAUUUCUCUUAAUGAGCCAAUUAAUGUUCUUCAACGCAUGGCGGAAGAAUUAGAAUACAGUGAAUUGUUAGAUAAAGCCGCAGAAAAUGGUUUAUCAUUGACUCGAUUAAUGUAUGUGUCGGCCUUUGCUGUUUCUGGAUAUGCAUCAACUCAACAUCGGGUUGGUCGAAAACCUUUUAAUCCACUUCAUGGUGAAACAUACGAAUGCGUUCGGCCUGAUAAAGGCUUUAAAUUUAUUUCUGAGAAAGUCAGCCACCAUCCACCGAUUAUGGCUUGCCACGCCGAAUCCGCAGAUUGGAAAUUUUGGCAAGAUUCAAAAGUUAAAAGCAAAUUUUGGGGUAAAUCUAUGGAACUAAUACCGUCUGGAACUGUACAUGUGACAAUACCUAAAUAUGAUGAUCAUUUUACAUUUACAAAAAUUUCCACUUGGAUGCGUAACAUGAUAUCUAGCGCUAAGUACCUAGAACAUACCGGCGUAUUACGAAUUCAAAAUCAAACCACUGGUGAAGCUUGUGAAAUUACCUUUAAUCAAAGUGGGAUGUUUAGUAGUGGCCCUCAAAACGACAUAACAGGGAAAUUACUAUCAGCAAAUGGUAAAAAAGUUGGAACACUUAGUGGACGCUGGAAUGAAGCGAUAUUUUAUGAGAUUGGACCGAAUCAACUAGAAGUUCUCUGGAAAGCACAUCAACCGAUACCCGAUUACGAACAGUAUUACGGUUUUACACAGUUUACCAUCGAACUGAACGAGCUGACACCGGAUAUCGUUGAUUUCUUGCCUAGUACUGAUACGCGAUUUCGGCCAGAUCAAAGAUUGUUUGAGGAGGGAAAAGUUGCAGAGGCCGAACAAGAAAAAUCACGUCUUGAACAAAAACAACGAGAUUUCCGAAAACAUUUGGAAAAGAUUGGGCAGGAAUGGAAGCCACAGUGGUUUAAAUUAGUGAAUGAUGAGUGGGUUUAUAAUGGUGGAUAUUUUGAGACGCGUGGGAAAAAGGCGUUCGAGAAAAAAAUCGAUUUAUGGUAA